GUCCUUUUGAAUAAGUACUCGAGAAAUCAGUUUUUACGAAAAUAGUGAUUUUUUUAUUCUUUGUAAAUCAAGUAGAAAAAAUGGCAAAAGUUAAGCCGAAGGUAAAACAUCCCGGCAAUGGCAAAAGAGUGAAAGACAAGUUCAAGCAAAAAUCGAAACAUCAAAACGGCGGCAAACCCAAGUUUAAGUUCUCGGUAAAAGAUGAAGAAUCAGAAAUUUCCCGGUUAUCGGAGUCAUACGCAAACGCUAAGAUCGAAGAAACGAGUAAUUUCAGCGAUUUCCCGCUUUCAAAGAAAACUCUUCAAGGGCUAUCACAGGGACAGUACCGUAAGCCUACUGUAAUUCAGCGGGAAUCGAUUCUGCCGGCUUUGCAAGGAAAGGAUAUUUUAGCUGCCGCCAAGACUGGUAGUGGUAAAACGUUGGCUUUCCUAAUUCCAGUUUUCGAGAGACUUUACACGAACCAAUGGACACGUCUGGACGGACUAGGGGCGCUAAUUAUAACGCCGACGCGGGAACUGGCACUGCAGAUUUUUGAAACUGUUGCCAAGAUAAGCAAACCGCAUGACUUUACCACAGGGCUUAUUAUCGGAGGACAAAAUUUGAAAUUCGAGAAGAAUCGAUUGCACCAGCUAAACAUCAUCAUCUGCACACCCGGUCGUUUGUUGCAGCACAUGGACCAGAACCCGUUGUUUGAUUGCACUAACCUGAAAAUAUUAGUCCUCGAUGAAGCGGACCGUUGUUUGGAUUUGGGUUUUGAAUCGGCUAUGAAUGCGAUUAUAGAAAACUUACCACCGGAAAGGCAAACAUUGUUAUUCUCUGCGACACAGACGAAGUCGGUGAAAGAUCUGGCGCGGUUGAACCUACGUGAUCCGGAGUACAUUGCUCCGCAUGAGAAGGAGCAGUAUACGACGCCGACCAGACUCCAGCAGAACUACGUGGCUGUAGAACUAGGGCAAAAGCUUACGAUGCUUUGGUCGUUCCUUAAAGCUCACAGCAAGCAAAAGAUAAUAGUGUUCUUCGCCACUUGUAAGCAGGUGAAAUACUUCUACGAAGUCUUCCGUAAAUUACGUCCCAGCACCUUACUCUUACCCUUAUACGGCGGUAUGAAUCAAGAAAGACGUAACAAAAUCUACACCGAAUUCUGCGCUAAGAGCAAUGUGUGCCUGCUUGCCACGGAUGUCGCUUCACGGGGUCUGGACUUCCCGAAGGUAAACUGGGUGGUGCAACUGGAUUGUCCAGAGGACGCAAAUCAGUACAUUCAUCGAGCCGGCCGUACAGCACGACUCAACACUAGCGGGGAAAGUUUACUCGUGCUGCUCCCUCAGGAGGAGGAUGGAGUGGUGAAAAUGCUAGAGAAGACCAAGGUCCCAAUCAACAAGAUUCACAUCGACGAUAAGCAACUAUUUUCGCCGCUGAUUAAAAUUCAGUCAUUUUUGGCCCAGUCACCUGAACUGAAGGAAACCGCCAAAAGGGCCUUUGUGGCGUAUGUCAAAUCGGUGGCACUGAUGAAGGAUAAGAACAUUUUCGACGCUUCCAAACUAGAUUUAGAAGCGUUUGCCAAGUCGCUUGGUCUGCUGGUUACUCCGCGGGUUAGAUUUUUGUCAAGAAUGGAGAACAAGUCAAAGAAAUCGAAUGUAAAAACAGACGUGAAAGUAGCAAUAGAUGAUGAUGAUAAUGAAGAGAGCGAGGAAGAACUUUUCACAGUUAAGAAGUCCAAUAGAUUUGUUGCGAUGGAUCUACCAGAACCAGAAAUGGAACAAACCGAAGAUAAGCCGGUUAUAGAGUCCAAAAAGAAGGUUACCAAGGUGAAACUCUUGAAGAGGGCAUUGGUGACAAACAAGAAAAUUAACUUCGAUGAUAGUGGAAAUGCGGUCGACGAGGAGGUCCGAGAUGAAGUUUACGAUAUUGAAAAAGCUCGGGCUCAAUUGAAGUUGGCCGAUGCAGAUGAUAAGGAGCGGUACAAAAAUCUACAGAAAGCCAAGCGCGUGGCCAAAAAAGAGAAACUCAAGCGAAAGGCCGAUGAGGAAAAGGAAGAAGAGGACGACUUCGGCAGCGACGACGAGGACAGUGUCGACUUGAAAUGGCUCCCGGAUCCCGACGAUGUGUACAAUGGGCACCAUCGUGAUGUAGAAAGUGGAAGCUCAUCCGCGGAGGAUUUGGAGCCAUCGGUUGAGGCAAAAAAAUCGGCGAAGAAGCGCAAAAUUGCUGACAAGAUAGAUGAUAUCACACUGACGGAGGCCGAGCAGUUGGCGAUGAACCUUCUGAAGUAAACUUUUAUUAAAAAUCUGUGGAAAACUUUAACGUUUAAUAAAAACAUUAUUUGUUCGCUGCCGUUUGUAA